AUGGCCACACUGGUUCGUGUAGCAGUUCUUCUUCUUUUGGGCUACGGGCUGGUCUUGUUGCUCGGCCCAAGCACCGGACGUCAUUAUCACCCGGUUCUUGAGGCCCAGCGACGCGAGCAGCAGCAGCAGCAGCAGCAGCAGCAGCAGCAGCCAGAGCAACCGCUCUUGCCGCAGCAGACGGACCGCUCAGUCCUUUCACCUGAUAAAUCUGAUGAUCCCGACGCGCCACGCUUCCAGGGUGGACCGCCCAGCGCCGAGGCCAUGGCUGGCGUUGAGGAUGCCCGAAAGUGGAAGUACCCCAUCCAGCUGGAUCUGGACCUUCCAGAUCACUUGCGCAAUCAGCCCGUGUUCCAGGACGACAACGCCAUGUUUCGUCAGUAUGGUUUCAACCUUCGCAAGAGCAACGAACUGCCGUUGGCGAGAGAGAUUCCCGAUCGACGUAAUCCGGCUUGUGCCAAUGCCAAAUACCCGGCCAACAUGCCCCGCACCUCUGUCAUUAUCAUUUUCUUUAACGAAGCCCUCAGCACUUUGCUGCGCAACGUGAUGAGCGUCUUGAACAACAGCCCUGUGGAUCUUCUGGGCGAGAUUAUCCUGGUUGAUGACAAUUCCACCCUCGAGGAUCUCAAGUAUUUGCCACAACAUCUAGCCAAGCUACCCAAGAACAUCAAGCUUGUGCGGCGGAAGGUGCACAACGGCAUUGUCGGGGCGCGGGUCCGAGGUGCCCGUGAAGCCAGCUUUCCCAUCAUCGCCUUUAUCGAUUCGCACGCCGAGGUCAUGCCAGGCUGGUUGGAACCUCUCACUUGGCGCAUUCACCAGAACCGCAAGACAGUUGUCAUUCCCACAAUCAGGCCCAUCGAGCUACACUCGCUCGGUGUCAGCUCUCACACCUAUUCCCCAUCCCGUGGCAGCUUCAAUUGGCGCAUGUCCUUCACCCAUGCGGGUAUCAGUCCAGAGCGAGACAUGCUGCCUUUUGGCCUCGACACGCCGCGAGGAAUCACCGAUGUGGUGCGCACACCAGUCAUGCCCGGAGGCAUCUUUGCCAUGGAUCGACUUUGGUUCCACGAACUGGGCGAAUACGAUCCAGAGAUUCUGUACUAUGGCGGAGAGCACCUCGAGCUCUCCUUCCGCGUCUGGAUGUGUGGCGGCAGCAUGGAGUCGGUUCCUUGCUCGGGUGUGGGUCAUAUUUAUCGCAAUUUCGAUCGCUUUGCAGUAGAUCCGCUGCUGGAGAAGGGGCGCAUUGGCCACAUUUUGGACCGCAACGAUCUGCGCGUCGCAGAGGCUUGGAUGGACGAGUACAAGCAGAUCGUGAUGGACACCCGCGGCUUUGAGGGCGUGGAUCCCGGAGACCUGUCCGAUCGGAAAGCCAUCCGUGAUCGCCUUCAGUGCAAGAGCUUCAAGUGGUACCUGGACAACGUCCAUCCCGACUUGUACGUUCCGGACCUUCACCCCAAGAUGGCGGGUGUCAUUGCCGAUCCCCAGAAACGCCAAUGUAUCGACAACAUGCAGCAUGAUCGCGGAGGCCCUGUCGGCGUAUACGGCUGCCAUGGGCUCACAACUCAGAGGUGGCGCCUGAUGGAGGAUGGCGUUAUCGCCAAUGGCGUAUCUUGUCUCAACUAUGCGCUUCAUCGCAUGCAGCCCUGUUCGCACGGUCAAGAAUGGGAUUUCAUCAAGGAAGCCAAGCAACUGCGUUCACGGCGUUGGGGCGGCUGUCUCACUCGCAUCAAAGACCGUGCCAUCUUGCAAACUUGCAAUUCGGAGGACACUCGUCAAAAGUGGUACAUGAGCGAGCAGGAUGGCAAGGUGGCUGUCGCAUCGAGUCACGACAAGUGUUUGAGCCGCAUUGACCACCGUGGCGAAGCCAUGGGCGUUGGCUCAUGUACUGCCGAUGUGAGUGUCGCCGUUCAGCCGGGGCUGCACGGCUACCAGGCUGCCAACCGUGCCAAGCCCACUCACAUGUUUUGCUUGAUUGCACGAACAACUGCCAUUUUGAGUAGGCGAUUGUCUACGAGGCCGGCCAACUCCGGAGUGGCACAAUGUGCGCACUUUCCAUCGACAGCAUCCAUCAAUCAGGCUGUGGUGACGCACCUGGCACCCAGCUUUGGGAGUUGA